CUUCUUGUUUCUCCCUGAACUACGCUUUCUCUCAUCACUUCACUAUCCAGGAGCUCACUUUACUGCCUCUCUUCCCUUCUACCGCUCUCUUACCCCAUUUGAUCCCAAUAUUCCUGCCUUCAGGCUCCCCUCGUGCCCCGACCUUAACCUGUCUGCCAUUUGGAGUGCAGUUCCUUAUCAGAGCCUCACCGUCGCGUCACAGGCUUCCACUCCCGCUUUACAUCUCCUUGAGCCUAUCGAGCACUUGGCCUCCACUCCUUGGUUUUUAUUAAUCCCCCCAUUCAAGGUUGGAAACCAACCGAAUCCUCAUUGCCAAGACCAAAAAUCCCCCAAACGAAGCCCAUCAUGGAUGUGAACGAGGUCCUCCGUGGCACCCUCUCACCGGAUGCCAAUAUACGGAAUCAAGCGGAAACACAACUCAGUCAGGCGGCCGAUGCCGAUUUCGCUGGAUAUUUGACCACCCUCGGUCAAGAACUCGCAAACGAGAAUGCUCAAGCGGACAUACGAGUGGCGGCUGGUUUGGCGCUGAAGAAUGCUUUCGCUGCUCGAGAGAUCACGCGGUUGCAGCAAGUCCAGGCGAAAUGGGUGUCCGAAAUCGAGCCGGCGGUGAAGGAAUCGGUGAAGGAGCUUGCCCUGAAGACUCUCUCUUCGAACGAUAGCCGUGCUGGAGGUGCCGCCGCCCAAUUUAUCACCGCGAUUGCAUCGAUCGAGAUACCCCUGAACAAAUGGGAUCAGUUGAUGCCAAAGCUCGUGGAAAAUGUCAGCAGCGGCGAGUCCCAUCAACGUAUGGCGUCUCUCACGACGAUCGGGUACAUUUGCCAGGCAGAUGAUCCCAGGCUCCGCAACUCCCUGUCGUUGCACAGCAAUGCCAUCCUAACGGCCGUCGUUCAAGGCGCAAGAAAGGAGGAAAGCAGUGCCGAUGUGCGAUUCACUGCUGUCACGGCGCUUAGUGACUGCCUGGAGUUUGUACGGUCCAACUUCGAGAACGAGGGCGAGCGCAAUUUCAUCAUGCAGGUAGUGUGCGAGGCCACACAAAGCGAAGAAACGAGGAUUCAAGAAGCUGCCUAUGGUUGCCUCGGACGGAUCAUGAGCAUCUAUUACGAUAAGAUGCGAUUCUACAUGGAAAAAGCCUUGUUCGGUCUGACAAUCAUGGGCAUGAAGAGCGAGGAUGAGGAAGUUGCGAAGCUUGCAAUCGAAUUUUGGUGCACGGUGUGCGAGGAGGAAGAGAACAUCGAAGAUGACAACGCUCUGGCCGCCGUUCACGGUUCAGACCUCCGUGUCUUCCACAAUUUUGCUCUCAUCGCCACACAAGAGAUUGUCCCCGUCCUUCUGGAGCUUAUGGCCCAUCAAGAUGAAGAUGCCGCCGACGACGAGUAUAACGUUUCCCGCGCCGCUUACCAAUGCCUUCAGCUUUGGUCAAGAGCCGCGAGAGAUGCUGUGACAGGACCGGUCAUUUUCUUCGUUGAGAAGCACAUUCGAUCCGAAGACUGGCAUUACCGCGACGCUGCCGUGGCUGCUCUUGGGGCAAUCAUGGAAGGUCCCGACGAGAAGGUACUGGACCCAAUCGUGAGGCAAGCACUACAAAUCUUGAUCGGCAUGAUGGAGGACCCUGUCGUCCACGUCCAGGACUCCGCGGCAUACGCACUCGGACGCAUCUCCGAGGCAGUCCCAGAUGCCAUCGAUCCGGCCGUGCACUUGCCUAUCAUGAUCCAAACGUUGUUCAACGGCCUCAUGAGCAAUCCCAAGAUGGCUUCUUCCUGCUGCUGGGCUCUGAUGAACCUCGCGGAGCGCUUUGCCGGCGAUCCCGGGUGCGAUGAGAACCCAAUGACACCUAAGUUCCAGGAGAACGUGCAGCGCUUGCUCGAUGUGACGGAACGCUCUGGGGCGGACAGCCAGCUUCGUACAGCCGCGUAUGAGGUUCUCAACGCCUACGUCGCCAAUUGCGGCAACAACUCGAAAGCAAUGGUCGCCAAUCUGUCCGGCGUCAUUCUGGAUCGAUUGGAGAAGACCAUCCCAUUCCGACAGCAGGUGGUGAGCGUUGAGGACACGCUGACGCUAGAGGAUAUGCAGACGAGCUUGACCAGCGUGGUCAUGACCAUCAUCCAACGACUGGAGGUGGAAGUGGCCCCUCUCGGUGAUCGCAUCAUGCAGGUUCUGCUUCAACUUCUCAACACUGUCGGCCCUAAGUCAACCGUCCCAGACACCGUAUUCGCCACGGUCGGCGCACUUGCGACGUCCAUCGAGGGCGACUUUGCCAAAUAUAUGGAGGCAUUCGCGCCUUACCUGCUCAACGGCCUAUCCAAGCAAGAGGAAGAGAAUUUGUAUUCCAUGUCCAUCGGCUUAGUGCAGGAUAUCACCCGCGCUAUCGGCCCUGCGAUCAGUCCUUUCUGCGACGCGUUGAUGAAUUCCCUCCUUGAAAAUCUCAAAUCCAAUAUCCACGGCAAUCACUAUAAACCCCCACUAGUCAACUGCUUCGGUGAUAUCGCUAGUGCGAUUCUGGGCGAUUUUGAGAAGUACAUGUCCACAGUGGUGGAGAUUUUGACGCAAGCAUCCACAGUCAGGUAUGAAGAGCAGCUAUUUGUGGAGCAGCAAGACUAUAUCACCAGUCUUCGAGAGGCUGUUAUGGACGCUUGGUCCGGAAUUAUUGAGGCCAUGAAGAAGAGCGGAAAAACACCAUUGCUAUCUGCUCACAUUGAAUCGAUAUUCGGGCUCAUCAAGUCAACAUGGGAUGAGCAACUACGGGGAGAGGGUCUCAUGCGCUCAAGCAUGGGUGUGGUCGGUGAUCUUGCAGAAGCAUUUCCUCAUGGGGAGUUCGCCGAAUACUUCCGACAGGAUUGGCUCCAGGACAUGGUGAAAGCUGUGAGGAAAGACCGACAGUAUCAUGGAAAUACGACUACAACCGCUCGCUGGGCCCGGGACCAAAUCCAACGUCAAAUCGGUACGUGAAGCACCAAAUUUAUUCCCCGGUUCCAGAUCCCAACUUGUCGGUGUGCUUGAAACUGUGUCGGAUUAACAAGGCCUGUCAUGCCUGGCACACGUACCCUCACCUCACUCCUCCCGAAUGUCACUAACAUAAUAUUCUUACUCAAGGCGGCAUCCAAGGUCAAAUGGCAUAAAUGACAAUCAC